GUAAAACUGCUGCUCCAGGUCUGAGCCGGAGAUCUAAAGAGACACAUGUUUUGUUAAACAAAUAGGAAGAAGGCAUAAUUACAUUCUAUUCACUUAAAUGUUUUGACAGUCACUCACAAUACACUGUAACACAAGUUUUUUCGUCACCCCAUCCCUCGCGUAAAUAUCAAAACUGAAAGUCACGCAUUGGAGAGAUUCGAGCAGCGCGGACCUGCUUUAAACCGGAAUCAUGACGAGCACGAGCACCACAGCAGGGACAGCAGGUAAAAGGAGAAGCUUUGAAUUAGAACCUCCUAAUGUGUCUUUGAGCAUGGUGCUGGUGGGACAGACUGGAGCAGGUAAAAGCUCCUCUGGAAACCUCAUCCUGGGCAGAGAAGCAUUCGUAACCUCCAGGGGAGAGUCAUCUGUUCAUACAGGCUGCUGGAGAGAGACUGGACAGGUGGCUGGGAGAGAAGUUACCCUGGUAGAUACUCCAGGACUGUUUAGUGUUACAGAAGAGAGUCUGAGACAAGAGAUCAGUACAUGUAUAAACAUGACUGCACCAGGACCUCACGCCAUCCUCCUGGUCAUUAGACUGGCUCCAGUUACCAAGCAGGAUGUACUGUCAGUGGAAAAGAUCAGAGCCUUAUUCGGAGAAGAAGCAAAUAAACGCACGAUCAUCCUCUUCACUCACGCUGAUGAACUGACCUGCUCUCUUGCGCAGUAUAUCAGUGAAGCUGGUGAGGAUCUCAAAGAAAUCCUGAGACACUGCGGAGGAAGAUAUCACGACUUCAACAAUAAAGACAUGCAUGAUCGAUUUCAAGUAGAGCAGUUGCUGAAGAUGGUAGAUGACAUGAUCACUGCUAAUGACACCAGUACGUCUCACUAGGAAGUGUAGAUCAUGUUAAAUGACAAAUAAGGGAGAUGAGAAUAUGAGAAGAAACUACAAGACAAAGAGAACUGGAACAAAGCAAGCUUUAGACAGACUAUCACGUCACACAAGGAGCGCUCUGUCCAU